AUGGGCGCCAACUCGGACGAGCGCAUGGCGCGCAUUCACGAACUUGAACUGUUAAGGCAGGAGGCCCUCCACAAGACUGACUCCAUCACCCGCGAUGAAGAAGCCCGGUUGUUGCAAUUACGGGUGUUGACCAUGCGAGACGAAAAUGCCAGCCUGCAAGAGAAGCUCGGCCAGAGAGACUUCAAGAUUAGCACUCUUACCAGAAAUACUGAUCAAAUUCGAAUCGACUUGGAUGACAGCAAGCAAACAAUACGCUCACAGGAGGCGCGAUUGAAGAAGCAAGAUCUCGACAUGACUAGCCUCAAGGCCGAGAUUGAAGCACUGAACGGGACAAUGCAAGAUUCUGGAAAAGCCAUUCAGGAAAAGUUCUCGCUGCAAAGGGAGCUGAACCGUAUCAAGCCGGAAAUGGAACAUUUACAAUCACAACUCGCAAGCUACCAAGCAACUGUAGCUGAGAAAAACGACCUUCGUCGCCAAGUAGACUCCCUCGAGGUAGAACUCGAAAACGAGAAGCGUUCAAGACGGCGAUUACAGUCCAAAGAUGACGACACCGCCACUGCUGAGCUAAAGUCUCGACUUGAGACGGCCGAAAAGAAGCUCGCAAUGGAGAAGAAGGAGCGCGAGAAGGCUAAGAAGGAUCAUGAGCGAGAACUAGCAGCAGCGAAUACUGAAAACGAGAGGUUAGAGGAACGUAUCACCAGCCUCAAGGAAAAGUCCAAGGCACUGCAAGUCGAGCUUAAGGAAGCUAAGGAGCAGUUGGAAGACGUGCAGUCGGAGCUUGCCAACAACAAACCACGUCCUAUAUCCCGUGGGGAGGAGAAGCCCAAGAAAGCUAUCACACUGACAACGGGUGAUGUGGGCAAGAAACGCCGUGCACCUGAGAUGAACUUUGAGUCGAUUACAAUCCAGACGCCUGGUAAUGACAUUGUUGCGCGAGAGAGGCCAACCAAGAAACGAGGGGCAGACAAGUCCGCUGUUGGAGCGAAGUCUGCCUUCUCAAUCACACCAUUUCUCAAUCGGAACAAGUCGUUGACGGAUGAUUCCGCUCAAGAGGAGUCAUCUAACGAUGUGCCUGCGGAGGCUGACCCAGAUCCAAUGUCAGACGGGCCAGUCGAUCAAGCACCGCCAUCAGAAUCAGAGGAGGAGGAACCUGCUCCCAAGCCCAAGGUAUCUUUCAAAUCAGCCGUCUCGUUCAAAUCUCCUGCGAAACCCGCCAAGACGCGCGCAAGACAACCCAGGGCCACGCCUCUGGGCGAAUCUACUCCAGCAAAGGCAAACCGCGUCGUGAAAUCCCGAGGGACCCCCAAAGUCAAGUCAAUACCAGAUAUUUCAGUCGAAAAGUCUGGGAAGCCUACGGAUGAUUCGAGCGCUACAGACCAGGAGAAUGUGCCUGUUGCCACUUCUAAAAAGGCCACCGCCGUUCUGCAGUCUAAGGCGCUAGAGGCAGAGGCCAAGACGAAGAAGAAGCGCAAAUUAUUAGGUGCCGCAAACACGACGUUAUUUGAUGACGAUGACGGAGAAGUCGUUGCCCAGCCAAAGCCGAAACCUGUUGCCGGCAAGAGGACACGAACUGCUUUAGGUGGUGGUGUCAGGAACGCAUUCGCAGCGGGCACUUCAUUUUCUCCUUUAAAAAGGGAUAGAAGGGGUGUCAACGCGAGUUUCUUGGCUUAA